AAAAACCGCGAGAGUCGAGAGCUGAGAGCAGUUGGCAACGGACUUUCAUCGAAUGCGGCCACGAAUUAUGCAGAACUAAGAAAACGCAUAUUGAACAGUGCAACGCACCUCAAAAGAUUUGAAAAAAAGAGAAACAAUCAAUGUGAUAGUGAAACCUAUAUGCAACAAAUACAGAUGUAACUGCAGCUGCCUCGAAUAAAAGUGACAAUAAGAGUGACAGUAACUGCUACACGUAUAUAGUAAAUAACAGAAAAUUAACGGAGAGUGUUGAGAAUUCAAAUGUCAGUGAAAUAGAUUUUUGAUUGUGUCGGUUUAUGUUUUUAUAUAAGAGGCAAAAAGCAUUAUUUUUAAUUUCGCUGUUGAUAAUAUGCAAAAGUGUAGGCAAGAAACACACAAAACACACAAAAUAAAUAAAGAAUUGAAAAGAAUUGAGGCGAAUUUCACAAAAGCAAAAACCUAGACAAAACACAGUCAGAACUAAACAAAAUACUAUUCGCAUAUUUGCAAGCUUUACAUUGAUAUAAAACAAAAUCUGAUGUGAGUUAACUGAUUGAAACAAACACUCCUGAGAAACAUUCUAAAUAUUAUUCGCGAAAUUAAACACAUGUAAAACGCAAAUUCAACUGCAAAUCGUCAACAAAAAUGUCUAAAAGACCACGAGGGCACAUACACAAAAUUCGAGAAUUCGAAUUGGAGAAGAUACAACUAGUGGAUGAGUUUGAUAUCAUUCAAAUUGUGGGUGAAGGAUGGUUUGGAAAGAUAUUGCUGGUCGAGCAUCGCGGAUCUCAAACUGAAAUGGUACUGAAGGCGGUUCCUAAGCCAUAUGUGACAUUACGUGAUUUCUAUCGCGAAUUUCAUUAUGGACUCCAUUUGGGCGUGCAUCGGCAUAUUGUAACCACCUACGAUGUGGCCUUUGAGACGGCUGGUUUUUAUGUAUUCACCCAGGAAUAUGCACCACUGGGUGAUCUUACUUCAAAUGUAACUGAGACGGGCGUAGGGGAAGUCUACAGCAAACGCGUGGCUAAGCAGUUGGCAUCCGCCAUAGAUUACAUGCAUUCAAAAGACAUAGUGCAUCGCGAUAUCAAACUAGAUAAUGUGCUCAUAUAUCGUUCGGACUUUCAACGCAUCAAACUUUGUGAUUUUGGCGAGUCUUUCCAAACUGGUACCGCAGUGGAACGGCGCAAUGAAUGGUUGCCCUACAGUCCACCAGAAGUAUUAGAAGUUAAGCCCGAAGGCACCUACAAGGCCGAUCCCAGUCACGACGUUUGGCAAUUUGGUAUCGUAAUAUUCGUUUGCCUGACAGGAUGUUUGCCCUGGCAAAAGGCUUGUUCGGAGGAUCCUCGCUAUAUGCGCUAUAUGGUCUGGCAAGGGAGUAUAAUGAUGAUGCCACUGCGACGUACACCCAAACUUUUCAAGUUGUUGACCUCCCGAGCGCAGCGAAUGUUUAAACGCUUUCUGGAGCCGCGAAGUGGCAACCGACCAAAGGGCUUGGGAGAUUUGACAAAGUUCAUGGAUGAUCGCUGGUUGGCCAAGACGGCGGAGAAGGAAAUGGCCGAAUAUGAGACAGACGAACUGUGUCCUUCUAUGUAUUCCUUUCACAGCAGCCCGGACGAGAAGAAUCGCCUGCUUUACACAUUGGCCGAUUGCGGAAUUGAAACUAAUGUAGAUCGUCAGCUCAAGAAGAAUCGCAUAAAAGACUGGAUCGAGUCGUCUAUCAUAACAGAGGAGGAUGAAGAAGAGAACGAGGAGACUAAUUCGGCAUCGCCAACAUCGUCAAUCUCACGCGAGCCUAUGCCGGGUCACAUUUCCUCAAUACGGCAGCCACAGCAGCUGGAGAAAUCCAAAGAGAUUAAGAGUACACUGAAAGAUGCCACACAGAAACACUUUGAUCCUCGCACGGGCGCACUGCAGCAAGGACCCAGCGAAAUGGGAAUGGCCUUGCACUCAUCCAAGUCCGUUAACCUGGCGUCAUCAUCGACGCUCAACAAUGCAGAUAGUUUGCUUACUCUGGGCUCUAGGCAGGAUAUGCUGGCCAGCAAUUUGACCAUUUAUAAUUCUAUGGAAAUGGAGCUGAACCGCUUAGUCAAAGACAGCGCGUAUGGAUCUGCCGAUGUGAACGACCCGAUGAUGUCCACCACACACCAUCCACAUCAUCCCCAUAGCACUGCGCGACAAAUGGUUUACAAUGGAGCACGUGAAUCGAACAUGAAGGACACGGCCUACGAUCGUGUUGUGGUCACCAACAGUAACAGCAACAGCGUGCGAAAGCGCAGAUAG